UUUCUCGCGAAACUCCUAUAUUUACUCUGGUCGUAAAAUCUCAUAUGUGGGGUCGUAAUAUUAUCAUUUGCUCCAUAUUUAUCUCAUUAAAUGUUUACUGCUUCAGUUAUGGACUAUGGAGGUACAAACACUACUGCUUCUAACAACAACCGUGCGGGAUUUACACAUCUGGCCUCAAAUGUUAUUUCGGACCAGGCAAGCAGUAGCAGACAAGACACAGAUACUAAUCAAAAUCGAACCACACUCAAAAGCUCCGAUUCUUCUGAUACAGUCUCUUCCUCCUCAUCCGAUUCCUCCUCCGACAAUUUCUUCAACCCUCAGACCCUCCCCAAAUUCAGAGUCAAAAACGACAUUCCCAAACCUAACGCAGGCACCAAGUACAAAAAUGAAAAAUUCGAUGUCUCGAACGAAGCCCUUUACAGGCUGGAAGAAUCCGUACACGGCUCCCCGGAAUCCACCUCACAAUUCUCUGACGUCACGUACGAAUCUUUAGUGCCGCACAUGUCACCAACUCUGUCACCUAUGGUACAAGUGAUGGAAAGGCCUGGAGAUUUCGAUCCUAAUAGAAUCCCCUCUUCGAUUUUCAGCAGACCCUCUACUCCAACGGAGUGGAGUGUCGCCUCCAACGAUUCUUUAUUCAGCAUUCAUAUCGGGAACAAUAGUUUUUCGAGAGACCAUGUUUCAAGAAUCGGUGUAGACUUGUAUAGAUCGGGUGAACUACAAAAAUCGGGAGAACUUUCGAAGUCGGAAGAGUUGUGUCAAACGGAGGAAUCUUACAAGCCUUGGGAAUUAUUCCAGUCGCAAGAGUUGUUCCAAUCGACAGAGGUUUUAACAAAUUGUGAUACAAAAAGAUCGAGCGAGUUAGUUAAGGUGAAACAAACGUCUCCUACUAGAAAAGGGGUUGUCAAACCGAACAAGAAUUUGGAUGUGGUGAAGAGUAUUGAUGUGGAUGUGGGUCCCGGAGAAACGGCAAGGAUAGACGAACCAACCUACGAUGUUCCAAAGGCUACUGUGGGUAACAGUCAAGUUGAGGCGCAUACAGAAUAUUCGGGGGAUUCUCGUAGUGCCAACUUUCGUUCGGAUAAAAGUGAAACUAGUAUUCCGUCUUUCGCUUUGCCAAUAAAGAAGGAAUCUUCGUGGUGUCCACAGUGUGGAUGCCCGAGUUGCUUUAGUUGCAAAUGUUCAGUUUGCUCGUUCAAAUGCUUGGUCUGGCCAAGGUGCUUUAGGAACUGCUUGAGCUGCAAAGGUUGUUGCCGCUGUAAAUGGCCGCGCUGUCGUUGCAAAUUUCUGUCAAUUUGGAGCUGUUGCCGAAAAUGCCCCUCGUGCCGCCCGAGUUGUAGCUGCUCUUCGUGGAAUAGCUGUAAGUGCCCUUCAUGCUUGUGUUGGAAACAUCAGUCGGAGAAAAAAUCGUGUUAUGAUUCCUCUUAUGUAUUGACGGAUGGUGGGAUAAAGAGUUCGAAUAAAGUAUGCCCUAUACCACCAAAGUCAACGCCCUCCUCCAAACGGCACUGCCCUAAUUGCGUUUUUCGUUCGUGUUCUUGCUGUUCCUGCUCCUUGUGCUGAUGAUAAAACGAUUUCAUGCGGAUUCGAAAAUGGAGCUCGAUAUAAUAUAUUUUUUAGAGCAAUUCCAUCAUGAUAAUUUUUUGAUGACAGUUGGGAAUUGAGUAUGCACAGAUUUCACUUCUUACAUGAUAGAAAUAUAUUCUUAAUUAUACUGUUCGUGCAGUGUUUGCUUCUC